CCAAAAUCUUACGGUUUUACGCUAAUUUAAUUCUGACCCAUUUAUAUUUAGCCAACACCCACCUGAAAUCUGCAAACAGAUUUGAAUUUGACAAAGGAAGUCAGUCAAUAUAUAUACCCCUUACAGGGUUAGAGUUAGUCUAGUUCUGUAAGAGGGGAAGAAGAUAAGAUGACCAUGGAGGCAGAGGCCGCAGGGCUGGUGAGAAAACCGGGAGAUUUGAUUGGGAAGGUACAGGAUAAGAUCAUAAGGAAGAAGAGAUGUAGUAAUAGUAGUAGGAGGAAGGUAAUUAUAAGGAGGUCAUUGCGGCCGAUUUUGGGUCUCCAACAGCUAUUUUUAUCGUGUCAGCAAGUGUUUAAAGGUCCUGGUACCGUGCCUUCACCCAAUGAUGUUCAAAUGCUCUGCCACAUUCUUGAUCAAAUGACGCCACAGGACGUUGGGCUAAGUAGUGAUCUCCAUUUCUUUAAGCCCAACACUGAUGUGAAGGCCCAUGAACGAGUAGCAUAUGCAACAAUUCACCAAUGCAAGAAGUUCUCGUUGUGCAUCUUCUUUCUUCCAGCAAAUUCAGUCAUACCGCUUCACAAUCACCCAGGAAUGACUGUUUUCAGCAAGCUUUUACUGGGGUCGAUGCACAUUAAAUCUUAUGAUUGGCUUGAUAAUUCAAGUUCAGAUAACCAUGAAUCAGAUCCUAAAUUGAAGAGAUUGGCACGACUGAGAGCGAAUAGGAUCUUUACAGCUCCAUGUGACACUUCUGUGCUAUAUCCUACAUCGGGAGGCAAUAUUCAUGAAUUUACAGCAAUAACACCUUGUGCAGUACUUGAUGUGCUUGGACCUCCCUACUCAAAAGAUGAUGGCCGUGACUGCUCAUAUUACAAGGAUAGUCCCUAUGAUGCUACGCUAGAUGUAGAAGUUAAAGAGGCAAAACAAGAUGAGUGCUAUGGGUGGUUGGAGGAGAUUGAUUUGCCAAAUGACUCAGAGAUGGAUCUGAUUCCAUACUUGGGUCCACAGGUUUCUGUGGCUAGUUAGUCAUCUAAUCCAGUGGAUAUAACUCUUUUUUUUUUCCCUGUAUUCACUUGUUUCCUUGCCUUGAUUGGUUUCUUUGUACCUUUUCUUUGAUUUGGUGUUUCUUUACCACCGCCCUUAAUGUAUAGAUGGUCCCCUGGAUAGGUUGUGAAGCGUCUUGUGAACCCGGAUUCAUAACACACCUGUUACUGUAUAAAAGUACCACUU